GUGAUCGAAUCUGUGGUAAUUUUAGUAGACAACCAAAAAAAGCAAGAGAAAGUUUGUUACUUCAUUUUAAGUAUUAAUAAUGAAUUCAUUAUUUAUUGACACAUUCGACAAAUAUUUUUGUGCAUACAUUGUCUUGACGGUACGUACUUGAGUGUAUUGUAUCGUGCCACAAAGUUUGGACGAUAGAUAAGGAGCCUGUGAAUUGCUUGUGAAGUGUCGUGUCGUGUGGGAGUGUUUACCAGAGCCAAGACGUCGCGUCGGAGCUUCCCGGACACGGGUUGGAUGAUCCGCGCGACCGACAGAUGACGCGGGCGCACGGAGCAUGUGCAUAUGCUCUCAGAUACUAAAAAACGUGUGGAGCUCCUACCAUACGGGGAAGGGUGAGGUUACACGUAAUGGUGAGAUGGCGCGGCGGCGCGUGACGCGCAAGUGGGAGGUGUUCGCGGGCCGCAACCGCUUCUGGUGCGAUGGGCGCCUUAUGACCGCGCCGCAGCCCGGGGUCUUCCUUCUGACCCUGGCGUUGGUUGCUGCUACGUCAGCGUUACACCUCGCCUUCGACGGGCCUUACUUGGCCCGUCGCGUGUCCCCCGCGCUGCCCGCGCUGGGCGCGGCGCUGGCGGCGCUGACGCUGUGCGCGCUGCUGCGCACGGCGCUGACGGACCCGGGCAUCCUGCCGCGCGCCGCGCCCGCCGAGGCGGCGCUGGACGCGCCCCAGGCCACGGCGGCCCGCCCUCCGCCCCGCGCGAGGGAGGUUCUAGUCCGCGGACGCGUAGUGAAACUAAAAUACUGUUUCACGUGCAAACUGUUCCGGCCGCCGCGCGCGUCCCACUGCUCUCUGUGUGAUAACUGUGUGGAGAGGUUCGACCACCACUGCCCAUGGGUGGGCAACUGCGUGGGCCGGCGUAACUACCGCGCGUUCUACACGUUCGUGGUGUCUCUCUCGUUCCUGGCCGUGUUCGUGUUCGCGUGCGCCGUCGCACACGUGGCCCUAGAGGCCAGGACUCUGGGGCUAGCCGCGGCGUUGCGCAAGGAGCCAGCGUCAGCGUUGGCAGCAGGAGUGUGCUUCCUUUCGGUAUGGUCGGUGCUUGGUCUGGCCGGCUUCCAUACGUACCUCGCUUCCACGGACCAGACUACCAAUGAAGAUAUAAAGGGUUCAUUCUCAUCGCGACGCGGCAGUGGGAACCCGAACCCGUACUCGCGCGGCAACGCCUGCGCCAACUGCUGGCACGUGCUGUGCGGCCCGCUCGCGCCCAGCCUCAUCGACCGGCGUGGCAUCGUGAGCCCGGACUGUCACGAGGACCUGCCGCCGGCCUUCGUGGCGGCGCUGCAGGCCUCCGCGGCGGCCGGCCCGCCCGACCCGCCGGUCACGCUGCAGCCCAGUACCGAACCUAACGGUACUGGGAGUUAUAGCAACCUGUUCACAGUGACGCCGGUAGGCAACCACGCCUACCUCAACCACAGCCUCGACCUCGACCCCACGCCUCUACAUGAGGUGUGCAUCGGCGGUCCGACGGUCAACAGUAGCGCCGCGGCUACGAGUACAGUGAGCGCGCUGAGCGCGGCGCGGCUGCGGCUGCUGCACGACACCACCAUGAUCGACGCGGCGCUCGACCUGGACGAGCCCGAGCCGUCGCCGCAUCUACAGGCCAACACGCCGCCGCGGAUCGCCACGGCGCAGCUCUGACCCGAGCACAUUGUAAUGAUACGCUAUUUGUACAAAUACCUUAUUAUUCUUGUAAGAUUUUUGAGACUCGCUUUAUGAGGAAUAAAUAUAAUUAUCUAA